AUGGAAAAUUCAACCAAAAUAGUGUUUGUUCUACAUGGACUGGAUGACGCGAUGUCAAACAAACACAUAUACUUUGUCGUCAUACUUCUCGUUUACCUUUUUACUCUGUUGGCGAACCUGACUUUGAUGGUGACAAUUGUUUUGGAGAAAAAGCUCCAUGAGCCCAUGUUUAUUUUUCUGUGUAGCCUGUGUGCAAAUGGCAUAAUUGGUGCCUGUACGUUUUAUCCUAAAAUAUUGGUGGAUUUUACAUCUUACUUGAGGGUUAUUUCGUAUGAAGCUUGCCUGGGUCAAAUGUUUUUCUUAUACAGCUACUGCUUUGUCGAAUUUACAACGUUAGCAGUAAUGGCUUAUGACAGGUAUAUCGCGAUAUGCAUGCCGCUAAAUUACCACUCCAUCAUCACGCCUCGGAAGGUGACAACAUUGUUGCUUUUUACUUGGUUGUUAUUCUUCUGCGAAUCAGUUGUUGCGAUGGGCCUGAUGGCCAGACUCCCUCUCUGUGGAUUCAACAUUGAAAAGAUAUACUGCACAGGCUGGGCAGUGAUAAAACUGUCGUGUGUGGAUACCACUAUCAACAACGUAUAUGGGACAGUUCUCUCCGUUUUUCACUUUUCACAAUCGAUGCUAAUCUUUAUUUCCUAUAUUAAUAUCGUCAGAGCAUCUGUGCGAUCGCAGGAAGGGCGGAACAAGUUCAUGCAGACCUGUUUGCCCCAUUUAAUCUCAUUGACCAACUUCACAGCUUCAAUUAUUUUUGACGUCAUGUACGCUCGCUAUGGUCCCACCACCCGUCUAAUAGCUCUCCGCAAUUUCAUGUCCCUGGAGUACCUCGUCGUCCCACCGAUCCUAAACCCCCUCAUAUACGGCCUGAAAAUGAACCAGAUCCGCCGGAGCAUCUUUCGAAAUUUCAAGAAGAAUGGACAUGCAAUAAAGUGA